CGGCGCGCCGGUGGAAGUGCGGUUCCGGGUCGCUGCUCUGCCCGCAGGCCAGCCGUGGGGGCUGGUGACGCGGGCCGGCGCUCACGAGAGGCCCCGGAGGCGGGGCUCUGCCGGCUGCCCAGAGAGCGGCAGGACAGAAAGCUUUGACCUCCAAGCUGUUUUAAAUCUAGUAGAUAAGCCAGAUACGCUAUUGCCACAAGCCUUUGGCCCACAUUUCAGUGGGAAUGCAGCUAGUUUGGAUAUCUGGAACUUUUUAGGCACCUGUCUCGGAAUUCCUGGUUGCUGGCCUAACGACUGUUGUAGGGGGUUCAAGACCUGGCCAUCAGUGCAGGAUAGCCACACAGCAAAAUGUUUGCAAAACUAAAGAAGAAAAUUGCAGAAGAGACUGCUGUCGCUCAGAGGCCAGGAGGUGCUACUAGGAUCCCACGAUCAGUGAGCAAGGAAUCGGUUGCCUCCAUGGGAGCUGACUCAGGAGAUGACUUUGCGUCUGAUGGAAGCAGCUCCAGAGAAGAUCUUUCAUCCCAGCUUUUGAGAAGAAAUGAACAGAUACGGAAAUUAGAGGCCAGGCUUUCUGACUAUGCUGAACAGGUCCGAAAUUUGCAGAAGAUAAAAGAGAAGCUUGAAAUUGCAUUAGAAAAACACCAGGAUUCUUCCAUGCGGAAAUUUCAAGAGCAGAAUGAGACAUUCCAAGCCAACAGAGCCAAAAUGGCAGAAGGACUGGCUUUGGCAUUAGCCAGAAAGGACCAGGAAUGGUCAGAAAAAAUGGAUCAGCUUGAAAAGGAUAAAAGGUUUCUGACAGCUCAGUUACAGGAAAUGAAGAACCAGAGUUUGAAUCUUUUCCAAAGGAGAGAUGAAAUGGAUGAAUUAGAGGGGUUCCAGCAGCAGGAACUAAGUAAAGUAAAGCACAUGCUUUUAAAAAAAGAAGAAAGUUUGGGGAAAAUGGAGCAAGAAUUGGAAGCACGUACCAGAGAACUUAGUCGCACCCAGGAGGAGUUGAUGAUCUCCAACCAGAUGUCAGCAGACUUAAGCCAGAAGAUAGAAGAACUUCAGAGAAACUACUCAACGCUGGAAGAGCAGAGAGAUCAUGUGACAGCUUCAAAAACAGGUGCAGAAAAUAAGAUCACAGCCCUGGAGCAGAAGGAAGAGGAACUCCAAGCCUUCAUUCAGCAACUUUCCAUUGAUUUGCAAAAGGCCACUGCUGAAACUCAAGAGAAAGAAAAACUCAUCACACAUUUGCAGGAGAAGGUUGCAUCCUUGGAGAAGAGACUGGAGCAGAACUUAUCAGGGGAAGAACAUGUGCAGGAACUUCUAAAAGAGAAAACACUUGCUGAGCAGAAUUUGGAGGAUACCAGACAGCAGCUCUUGGCAGCCAGAAGCAGCCAGGCCAAUGCCAUUGACAGCCUGGAGACUCGGGUGAAAGAACUAGAGCAGAGCCUGCAGGCAUCUGAGGAGAAGCUAAAACAGAGCAGUGACGUUGUGACAGCUCAGGAAGCUCAGAUUCAGGAGCUUGCCUCCGCAAACAAGGAGAGCAGCUGUGCGCAGCAGCAGGUCCUCGCUCUGGAGCAGCAGUGCACAGAGCAGAUCCACACGCUGGAGGCCCAGCUCUCUGCCCUGGAGAGAGCUCGGGCGGCCGACCAUGCGGCCGCGGAGCGGAAGGUGAGAGAGCUGGAGCAAGAAAAUGCAGGCCUUAAAGAAAGUAAGAAUGAAUGUGAACAUUCUUUACAACAUCACCAGCUUGAACUAAAGAAGCUGAAGGAAGAAUGGAGCCAAAGAGAAAUUGUGAGUGUGGCAAUGGCUCAAGCCCUGGAGGAGGUGCGGAAGCAAAGGGAAGAGUUCCAGCAACAGGCUGCUAACCUGAUCGCCAUAGAAGGUGAGAAGGAGCAGAGUCUGCAGGAAAAAACUGAAGUGAUUCUCCAGAAAGAGCAGGAGAUUCUCCAGCUGAAGAAAGGUCACGACUCUGCCCUGCUGCAGAUGCGCCAGCUGCAGAGUGAGCUGGAGGCCCUGCGGGGCCUGAGGGCCGAGGAGUCGGAGGCGGCCGCCGCGCGGGAGGACCUGCUGAGGCUGCGGGGCCAGGAGCAGGGCGCCGUGCUCUCGGUCAGCGAGCCUCACGUGACCUCAAGGGCCGGGCAGGACCCCACGUACCAGCUUCCAGCUGCACAGGGGAUACCAAAUGGUGAGAUGGGGACCGCCAUGGAUCUAGGGCAGCUACAGAAGGAAAAGCAGGACUUGGAGCAGCAACUUCUAGAGAAAAAUAAGGCAGUCUCCUCCCCGACCCCCCACCGGAGAUGGUAUCCGGAGUAUUAGAGCUCGAACAGUGGCAGGUCUCAGUGUCCCCAGCCCCCUCUGCCAUCGCCAGCUAGGUCCUAUGACCAGUCGCCUUACCUCUGCACUUUUUUCUACAGCUGUGAAAUGAGAGCGGUGAUACCUGCCUUUCAGUGGUUUUGUGGGGGGGAGGUUGGGGGAUGAAAUGAAACUGUUUGUUAGCUUCCUGUAAAUUUUCUGGUAUUUGAUAGAGGCUUAAUAAAUGUCAUGAUUCCACCAACCCCGCCUGGCCUCUGCACCUGUAAAUGCAGGGUCUCGUUUGAGCCUCGUUUUUAAAAUGUACUGUGAAGUUAAAUGUGCUGGCUAGUCAGUGCUCUGGCCUGAAAUUCCGCCCCCAAAUUGUGUGAUUGCUCUUUAACAAAGGAGAAAGGUGGUCAUUCUUUCUCUCCCCUCACCCCUGCCCGUCUCCCCCUUUCACUCACACACACACACACACACACACACACACACACACGGGCUCUUAAUCUCUUAUCAUGAAAUAUAAAAUAUAGAAGAGUGCACACUGUGUGUCCCUGGGUCCAGCGCUCGGACAGCUUCUCCAAAUCGCGCUCGCAUCCCUGGCGAUCUCCCCCGUCCUGUGCGCUGCUGGCACCACAUCCACACCUCAGAUCCAGACGGCUCUGGUGAACUCUAGACUCCUGCAUCUACCCCAUUUCUCUAUGUCAGUGUCCGAAAGGCCCCUGAAAUUUAAAACAUCCAGAACCAGACUUCAGACUGACCACGCUCUCUAGCAUCUACUGCCAUCUUUCCUAUCUCAGUAAAUGGCAAAAACCUUGGAGUCAUCCUUGACCCCUUUGUUUCUUUCACAACCAACAUCCAAAUCAUUAGGGAAUCCAUUUGGCUCUCCCUUCAAACUGUACGCGGAAUGAGCUGCCUCUCAUCCCUGCCACUGCUACCACCCGAGACCAGGUGACCAUCCUAUCUUCCCUACAGGAUGGUGUUGGGCUUCUAAUUGGCUUCCCUGUCACUUGUCUGUUCCGGCCCUCUGAUGACUCUCUGUCCCCGUAAAAGCCAAAGUCCUUGCAGUGGCCCACAAAGCCUAUGUGGUCUGGCUCCUUACUGCCCCCUUCCCCGCACCCUCUGCUCUCCCCCAGCAUUCCCUCUCAGCCACAGUGGCCUUGCCUUUCUGUGAAUAUCAAGCAUCCUCCCGCCUCAGGGCCUUUGCACUUGCUGAGCCUUCUGUCUGGAAGAUCCUUCUGCCAAUUACCCUCACUUCCUUUAUGGUGUCAUUUUGUCAGUGAGGCCUUCCUGCUACCCUGCCAGCCCUCACCAACAGAACUCCCGGUCCCCUCACCUUGCUCUUUUUUCUCCAGGCCUCUUAAUACCUUCUGAUACACUGUAUAUUUGCUUAUUGACACUGUUCACUCGUGAGGGCAGACAUUUUUUCUUUUUUUUUUUUUUCCCCCUGCUGUUUCUGCAGCCCCUAGGCUGGUGUAGAGACUCAGUAUUCAUUGGAUAAAUUGAUGAAUGAGUCAAAACCUAGAAAAUCAAGUAACAUAAACUAGCAAAUGUACUUUUGGGGGAAUGCCCAGCCUCACGGUCAAGCAGAGAAUACAAAUUGGAACGAAACAUUACCAUUUUGUCAGUGGGGUGUUGCAGGCAGUGUGACAGGAGCUGGAGGCGCUUUCCCAGCCCUCUCGUCCCCAGGGGGCCGUGGCCAUACCGCUCUUGAGACAACAAAGCUUAUUACAGCUUUGUUUGAAAAUGGAAGCUCAGGGAGUUCCCUGGCGGUCCAGUGGUUAGGACUUGGUGCUUGCUCUGCCAUGGCCUCGGGUUCAGUCCCUGGUUGGGGAACUCAGAUCCCACAAGCCAUGCAGUGUGGCCAAGAAAAAGGCAACUCAGCUACACAAGAAGACAUGGGGCAUCCCCUAGAGUUACUGUCACAUUAAAAGUUGUAAUUAGCAAAACUAUAAAGCUGUGGAAACUCUGAUAAAUGAAAACUACUAUUCAGAAUUCUAGCUGCUCAGUGCAAGAACGGUGGCGUGGACUAGAGGUCCACAGGAGAAACUCAUUUGAUAAGUUGUGAGAUUUCGGAGACAUUUUUAUUGAAAAUGUUUUCCCUGUAAUGUCGAUUACACAUUAAAUUUUUUCAUUGGGAAAACAGUUCAGCCUUUCUGGUGGUUAAUGGAAUGUGUAAUAAAUUAUAUUUAAGGCCCAUAAUACUAAUUAAGCUCACUAAAAAUAAAUAAGGAAAAUAAAGAAAUAAAAGACAUAAAACCCAUUGUUGGUGGGUUGUGCCGAAAAAACACGAUCUUUAAUACUGUUCAAAAUAAGCGUUAAAAAUUAUUAUGGUAUUUCAGGAGAUCAAUGGUGAUGAUGAGAAUCCUAAAUUUUGGCCCAGGUAUCCUACUUGGGGAUGAUAGCACAUAAACAUCAUUCUGAAGGGCAGAAUAUACUGUGCAGAGGCAUUUCUAGCUAGGCCGCCUGUGGAGGCGAGCGCCAAAAGCAGUCCUAAGGCCCCAGGCGGGGAGGGGUGGGACAGCACUGCGGCAGCGGCGGGGCCUGGAGAGCAGGGCUGUGCACAGCAGCAGCACGUGAGGGAGAGGCCGAGGCGGCAGGUGUGGCAGCUCAAGCUCCUCAGGAGAUGAAGCAGGGGCUUCUGGCAGGUGUAUGGGGACCCAAGGGGUUGUCUGUCUGCUCUGUGGUCCUUUGCACUCUAAAGAUGCUGAAACGUGCAUUUAAUGAAUGGCCUUUUGUGGGGGUGG